UGUAUAGCAACAUGGGUGCAGAGUUCUAAUCUGCAGAACAAAGUAUGUACUGUUUGUGUACUUCUGUGCAGAUAUCUGCUGCUGUUCUGCAAGGUCUUUGCUGGUAAAGUUCUGGGAACUAAAAAAGCGCUCUGUCCACGAGAAAGUUCUUAGUAUUGUUGACGCUGCUGUUGCUCCUUUACUCCAUUCAGACUUGUGUAACAGUCUCCUGUUUUCUGCGGUCAAUGUUCUAGAGAACGCUCAGUUUGAGUCUCAGCUAUAAUAUGCUGCAGUAAAGGCAAGAUACGUCAUCUGAAGAAUUAGAACAAUGAAGAAUUACAUGACAUAUCUGAUUCUGAUGGGCCACCUCAUAGGAAACUGGGGUAUACUUGGAUGGCCCUUGGAUCAAACCUGUCCAUACCCGCCAAAAAUACCAAAUGCUCAUCUACUACAGCUGUAUUCAAACAUGAGAGAAUUUCCGGAAUUAGUAAAAGUGUACUAUGCCUGUAAUAAAGGCUACAGACACGCACAAGGAGACAAUGUUAUAGCCUGCAUUCAGUCUACAUGGCAGAAACCAAAUCUGGUCUGCAGAUUCUUUUUAGGAACUUGCCCAUACCCACCAGAAAUACCAAAUGCUCGGCUAUUGCCACUGUAUACGAAAAUGACAGAAUUUCCUGAACUUGUAAAAGUGUUCUAUGCAUGUAACAAAAACUGCAAACAUGAGCAGGGAGACAACUUUAUAGCCUGUAUUCGGUCUGCAUGGCAACUACCGACUAUGGUUUGUAAGUGUGUAACACCAGCAAUAAUUACACGCAAGUACGAAGUUACAGCCCUUCAAAGAUCUGCAGUACUGCUUCCGUGUUACUUCAGAGUCGACUCGGAGACACUGGACAUGAAUCAUCUCAUGGUGCAGUGGGAAUUCCAGGGAAAGAAUGUGACCAUGUUUAUGGACAAUGUUCUGUAUAGCAGUGGAAGCACCAAAGUUUCUGUGAAUGAACUGAAGAAGGGGAAUGCCUCACUAGUACUCACUUCCAUUUCACCUGCAAAUGAAGGAAAAUACAGCUGUAUUGUCAGAUACUUCUCAGACAUCAAACAGAAUGCAACGACCAUUUUAACAAUUGAUGAUGGUGCACUACUAAUGAUAACAGAAGGUCCCAGCAUUACAGACCAUGAGGAAUUAACAGUGCUCCUGCCAUGUUACUUCAGUACUGACUCUGAGACCCUGGACUUGAAUCUUCUCACAGUAUACUGGAAAUUCCAGGGAAAUGACGUGGCCAGAUUUGCUCAUAAUAUUCUCUUUAAUAGCAGAAGGGUUUGGCUUUCUGUGAAUGAGCUAAACAAAGGCAAUGCUUCACUGAUACUCACAAAUGUUUCACCAACAGAUGAAGGGGAUUAUGUGUGCGAAAUCAGCUAUAUGCCGCACAUUAAACUAAAUAUGACUGCCACUUUAAAUAUUGAUGAUGGCACACCAAACAUAAUCGCACGUGGCUCCCUAGUUACAGCCAAUCAGGGGUCAGUGGUACUGCUGCCGUGCUACUUCAAUAUGGAUUCAGAAACAAUGGAUUUGAAUCAUCUUGUGGUACAGUGGGAAUUCCAGGGAAGUCAUGUGGCCAGAUUUGAGGAUAACAUUCUGUAUAAUAGCACAAGGGCAUGGCUUUCUGUGGAUGAGCUGGAGAGAGGGAAUGCUUCCCUGGCACUUGGCAACAUUUUACCCAAGGAUGAAGGGGAUUAUGUUUGUGAUGUCAGUUACUUUUCAAACAUCAACCUAAAAGUGAUUGCCACUUUAAAUAUUGAAGAUGAUGCAGUGACAAUGACCACACCAGGUCUCAACCUACCAGACCAGCAAGAAUCAAUGGUGCUCCUGCCAUGUUACUUCAGUGCUGACUCUGAGACAGUUGACUUAAACCUUCUUACGGUACAGUGGGAAUACCAGGGAAAUCUUCUGGCCAGAUUUGUUAACAAAAUCCUGUUUAACAACAGUAGGGCAUGGCUUUCUGUGGAUGGACUGAAGAAAGGAAAUGCUUCAUUGAUUCUCAAGACUGUUUCAACAGCAGAUGAAGGGGAUUAUGUGUGCUAUAUCAGCUACUUGCCAGAUAUCAGACAAAAUAUGACUACAACUUUAAGUAUUGAUGAUGGUAAACCAAAAGUAAUUGCACAUAGAUCCCUAGUUACAGCCAGUCAGGGGUCAGUGGUACUGCUGCCGUGCUACUUCAAUAUGGAUUCAGAAACAAUGGAUUUGAAUCAUCUUGUGGUACAGUGGGAAUUCCAGGGAAGUCAUGUGGCCAGAUUUCAGGAGAACAUUCUGUAUAAUAGCACAAGGGCAUGGCUUUCUAUGGAUGAGUUGGAGAAAGGGAAUGCUUCCCUGGUACUUGGUAACAUUUCACCCGAAGAUGAAGGAGAUUAUGUUUGUCAUGCCAGUUACUUUUCAAUCCUCAACCUAAAAGUGAUUGCCACUUUAAAUAUUGAAGAUGAUGCAGUGACAAUGACCACACCAGGUCUCAACCUACCAGUCCAGCAAGAAUCAAUGGUGCUCCUGCCAUGUUACUUCACUGCUGACUCUGAGACACUUGACUUAAACCUUCUUACGGUACAGUGGGAAUUCCAGGGAAAUCAUUUGGCCAUAUUUGCUGACAACAUCCUGUUUAAUAGCAGUAGGGCUUGGCUUUCUCUGGAAGGGCUGAAGAAAGGAAAUGCUUCAUUGAUUCUCAAGACUGUUUCAACAGCAGAUGAAGGAGAUUAUAUGUGCUAUAUCAACUACUUGCCAGAUAUCCAACAAAAUAUGACUACCGCUUUAAAUAUUUAUGAUGGUACACCAAAAGUAGUCGCACGUGGCUUCCUAGUUACAGCCAAUCAGGGGUCAGUGGUACUGCUGCCGUGCUACUUCAAUAUCGAUUCAGAAACAAUGGAUUUGAAUCAUCUUGUGGUGCAGUGGGAAUUCCAGGGAAGUCAAGUGGCCAAAUUUCUGAAUAACAAUGUGUAUGAUAGUAGAAGAGCAAGGCUUUCUGCGACUGAGCUGGAGAAAGGGAAUGCCUCCCUGGUGAUUAACAACAUUUCACUCAGAGAUGAAGGGAAUUAUACUUGUGACAUCAGUUACUUUUCAGAUAUCAAACUGAAAGUGAUUGUCACGUUAAACAUUAAAGAUGAUGCAGUGAUAAUGACCACACUAGGUCCCAGCCUAACAGACAAGCAAGAAUCAAUGGUGCUCCUGCCAUGUUACUUCAGUGCUGACUCUGAGACACUUGACUUAAACCUUCUUACAGUACAGUGGGAAUUCCAGGGAAAUCGUCUGGCCAUAUUUGCUGACAAAAUCCUGUUUAACAGCAGUAGGGCAUGGCUUUCUAUGGAUGGACUGAAGAAAGGAAAUGCUUCACUCAUUCUCAAGACUGUUUCAGCAGCAGAUGAAGGGGAUUAUGUGUGCUAUAUCAGUUACUUGCCAGAUAUCAGACAAAAUAUGACUACCACUUUAAAUAUUGAUGAUGGUACACCAAAAGUAGUCGCACGUGGCUCCCUAGUUACAGCCAAUCAGGGGUCAGUGAUACUGCUGCCGUGCUACUUCAAUAUGGAUUCAGAAACAAUGGAUUUGAAUCAUCUUGUGGUGCAGUGGGAAUUCCAGGGAAGUCAAGUGGCCAAAUUUAUGAAUAACAAUGUGUAUGAUAGUAAAAGAGCAAGGCUUUCUGUGACUGAGCUGGAGAAAGGGAAUGCCUCCUUGGUGAUUAACAACAUUUCAUUCAGAAAUGAAGGGAAUUAUACUUGUAACGUCAGUUACUUUUCAGAUACCAAACUAAAAGUGAUUGUCACGUUAAACAUUGAAGAUGAUGCAGUGACAAUGACCACACUCAGUCCCAGCCUAACGGACAAGCAAGAAUCAAUAGUGCUCCUGCCAUGUUACUUCAGUACUGACUCUGAGACAGUUGACUUAAACCUUCUUACAGUACAGUGGGAAUUCCAGGGAAGCCAUCUGGCCAGGUUUGCUGACAAAAUCCUGUUUAACAGCAGUAGGGCAUGGCUUUCUGUGGAUGGACUGGAAAAAGGAAAUGCUUCACUCAUUCUCAACACAGUUUCAACAGCAGAUGAAGGCGAUUAUAUGUGCUAUAUCAGCUACUUGCCAGAUAUCAGACAAAAUAUGACUACAACUUUAAAUAUUUAUGAUGGUACACCAAACAUAAUCGCACGUGGCUCCCUAGUUACAGCCAAUCAGGGGUCAGUGGUACUGCUGCCGUGCUACUUCAAUAUGGAUUUAGAAACAAUGGAUUUGAACCAUCUUGUGGUGCAGUGGGAAUUCCAGGGAAGUCAAGUGGCCAAAUUUAUGGAUAACAAUGUGCAUAACAGUAGAACGGCAUGGCUUUCUGCGACUGAGCUGGAGAAAGGGAAUGCCUCCCUGGUGAUUAACAACAUUUCACUCAGAGAUGAAGGGAAUUAUACUUGUGACGUCAAUUACUUUUCAGAUAUCAGUCUAAAAGUGAUUGUCGCGUUAAACAUUGAAGAUGAUGCAGUGACAAUGACCACACUUGGUCCCAGCCUAACAGACCAGCAAGAAUCAAUGGUGCACCUGCCAUGUUACUUCAGGACUGAGUCUGAGACAGUUGACUUAAACCUUCUUACAGUACAGUGGGAAUUCCAGGGAAAUCGUUUGGCCAUAUUUGCUGACAAAAUCCUGUUUAAUAGCAGUAGGGCUUGGCUUUCUGUGGAUGAAUUGAAGAAAGGAAAUGCUUCAUUGAUUCUCAAGACUGUUUCAACAGCAGAUGAAGGGGAUUAUGAGUGCUAUAUCAGCUACUUGCCAGAUAUCAGACAAAAUAUGACCACAACUUUAAAUAUUGAUGAUGGCAUACCAGUAGUAAUCGUACCUGGGUUCCAAGUUACAGAGACUCGUGGGUCAAAUGUCCUGCUGCCAUGUCACUUCAUGGCAGACUCUAACAGCGUGGAUUUGAAUAAUCUUGUGGUGCAGUGGAAAUUCCAGGGGUAUCAUGUUGCCAGAUUUGAGGAUAACAUUCUGUAUAACAGCACAAAGGCAUGGCUUUCUGUGGAUGAGCUCGGAAAAGGGAAUGCUUCCCUGUUACUUAACAACAUUUCACCAGAAGAUGAAGGGGAUUAUACAUGUGAAAUCAAUUACUUUUCAGACUUCAUAUUAAAAGCGAUGGUCACUUUAAACACCGAAGAUGGUGCACUAACAAUGGCCACACUAACACCCAGCCUUAUAGACCAAAAAGGAUCAAUGCUGCUCCUGCCGUGUUACUUCAGUACUGACUCAGAGACCUUGGACUUGAACCUUCUUACAGUACAGUGGGUAUUCCAGGGAAACCAUGUGGCCAGAUUUGCUAAUAACGUUCUUAACAACAGCAAAAAGGCAUGGCUUUCUCCUGAUGAAUUGAAAAAAGGAAAUGUGUCUCUAGUAAUUGCAAAUGUUUUACCAGAAGAUGAAGGGGAAUAUACAUGUGACAUCGGCUACUUGCCAGAUAUCAGACUGAAUGCAACAGCCACUGUAAUCAUUGAUGAUGGCAUACCAAAAGUAAUGUUGCCUGAGUCCAACGUUACAGGCAAUGCAGGAUCAACUGUGCUUCUGCCGUGCUACUUCCUUAUGGAUUCGAAAACUGUGGAUCUGAAUCAUCUUGUGGUGCAGUGGGAAUUCCAGGGAAGUCAUGUGGCCAGAUUUGAGGAUAACAUUCUGUAUAACAGCACAAGGGCAUGGCUUUCUGUGGGUGAGCUGGAGAGAGGGAAUGCUUCCCUGGAACUUGGCAACAUUUCACCAGAAGAUGAAGGGGAUUAUGUCUGUGAUGUCAGUUACUUUUCAAACAUCAACCUAAAAGUGACUGCCACUUUAAAUAUUGAAGGCUGUGCCAUGUUACCACCUAUACUAAAUGGUGAAGCUGAAUACACAGAUGACACCAGACUUGGUUCUGUUGUUAACUUUUAUUGUCAUGAAGGUCACACCAUAGUUGGAAGAAAUUACACAACAUGUCUGCCUGAUGGAUGGGACCAUCAGAAUCCACAAUGUGUUCCUAUAACAUGUGAAAACCCCCCAUCAAUAACUGAUGGAGAGUAUGAACUGGAAGUACAUAGCCAAGAUAUUGAAGCUGGAACUAUAGCCACUUAUAACUGUAUUAAAGGUCAUCUUACUGGAGAAAAAUCUAUUGUUUGUAAUAGUUCAGGAAUUUGGAGUGGCCCACCACCAUCAUGCAAAGUUGAGUGUGACAAACCUCCACCACUAGAAAAUGCUAAUGCGGAUGUUAAUUCAAGAACUACAUUCCCCAUAGGAAGUAAAGUGAAUUACAAAUGUCGCCCUGGUUAUACUGGGCUUCCAUUUCAAAGUACUUGCACACAAAGUGUAAAAUGGACAAAACCUCGGAUUAUUUGCAGGCCAAAAAGUUGUGGUGUUCUCCCAGACCUAGAGAAUGGAAGAAUAGAAUAUGAAAAUGAUACCACAUUUGGCUCAGUUGCUCACUUUUUCUGCAAUGAAGGAUAUAAUAUCAUUGGAAGAAAUUACAGAACAUGUCUGGUUAAAGGAUGGGAUUACCAAAAUCCUGAGUGUGCCCCUGUUACAUGUGAUGAACCUCCAAAAAUAGAGCAUGGGACAUAUGAAGUGGGAACAUUUCAGAAAGAUAUCACAUUUGGAACUGUUGUUACCUACAAGUGUAAGCGAGGCAACCUUUGGGGGAAUAAAUACAUUUUUUGUACCAGCUUGGGAACGUGGAGUGAGAAACCACCUACCUGCCUGUAAAGUUUAAUACAAUUUGGAAUUUGACCAGUUCUUCAUAAUCAAUUCAGUAAGUCUUACUUUAUGAAGAAUCGGUAUUCUUGCUGACAGCCUUGAGACAACACUCAUCCAUACUCUACUGAAGAAUGCCUGAAGAUCUGCAGGAAUAGCAAACUUUGCAUAGAAUAUUACGUUUAACAAGAGUGCUUAUACAUAGUCUGAAACAUGAUAUCCAUACUAUUUGAUACAAAUGUUAUUUUACUAACACCAGCAGCAUAAAUGCUAUCAUAACUAUGUACUAUGUCUGUUCUACAGAAAACAAACUGCAAAUAAUUUUACUAACUACGAGAAAGUAGAAAAGCUUAAAAUGUAACCAUGCCUGGUAACAAACAAUAGUGUGGAGGUGAUGACGUGAAAUAUGCAUUCUAUUAAAAACUUUUUACCAUGA